AAAAGGCGACUCGGUGUGAACACUAAUUCCGCGGCGUGGCAUGGCAAGCCCGCCACCGCUCUGACAAACUCAUAGGAACGGGAAAGGUUAGCAUCGGAGGUGGGUCGAAGGUGGCAGCAAUGCGGCGCAACCAUGUCAUUGACUUUUAUCCAACUCGCUGUGGCUGCGGUGACGACUCUAGCCGUGACGAGUCGGGCCGGGUGGUGCCAAUGCAACGCCCAUGAUUCUUUAGCCGAGGAUGUCCUCAUGGGCGGGCUUGGCGCCCCUGGGGGGCUAGAGCCAGUCUUCGGACUCAGAUUUGACGCGCCACACUCACAGCUGGCGGUACUGUUUAUGCGGGAUUGGCGGGGCCAUUUCCACCUGGUUGGGUGCCUGCUGGUGUGCGUCGUGGUUGGAUUCGCGGCCGUGAGGGAGUGCGGAACUCAUCACUCGUGCAGGUAGCUCGAAUUUCGGUGAAUGCUUCGUGAAGGAGGACGGUUCAGCGGGCGGGAUGUAGCGAUUCAGAGAUGGUCUGGAACCCAUGGGCCUGUGGGCAUUCUGGAAUUCGCGCUUGGUGAUCGGUAGAGUAUGGGAGGUCGGAGUUCAUCGUAGCUUUUGAGUGAUGCCUGUUGUGAGGAUGCUCCCGUGUUGAGAAGGUGCACCCUUGCCGACACAAUGCCGGUAGCUUUACUUGUUCUCGGGGUAGCGAAACGCUAAUAUGGUGCUUGUUUUGACGAAUCGAGCUCGGGGCCAUUGAAGUUGAUGCCGGAAUUCUUCCGUAUCUGCAGUCGAGGUAGUGAGAAUAGGUAGCCGGAAACAUGUUCCAAACGUUUGCAACAGUUUGGGUAGGCGGAUUCAUUGAAUUGUAUAGUGUACAGUUGAGUUGGAUUUGAAGAACGUUUGCAGUUUCUGAAAAAUAUGGUGCAUGAUUGCAAUGGAGAUCUCUAGUGCUAUGGUGACCCCCACGUGUGAAUAGUCCGAGUAUUUCUUUUCGCUUCAUCGAUAAUUGUGUCCGUUUCCAGUGUCGGAACUACCUCAGAGUUUCCUUGCGGUUCGCUGCCCGAUGAAAUUACAUCAUUCGAUGUGGAUUGCAUCCUCGUACUCUCGGAGGCGUCUGAAAGUGUGGCAUUGAAGCAGUACCUUCAAGCAUUCUUCUAGAAAGUGGAGUUUGUAUUGCUACCUGAAAAGACGCGUGAAGGUGAAUGUAAGAUCAUGUUUAUAGUCGAAACUAUGAAGACACUUUUUGUUGCAAGAUCAUCCUUAGGCACUAGGAGGAUGAAUUUAUAACAACGCUGGUCGAUCGACCAUCACCGUAGGAGCGUUACCUCUGUCAUACCUUUGUAAUGAAGCUUCUUUCUCACUUAACGCAACGUCAUGAGAAGAUUUUUGUAAAAUAGCAAGAACGUAUCAGCUGGAAUGAGUACAGAGGAAUAAGAUAUGGCUAGUUGUUGGAGUGAUAGCCGGUUACACAAGGGUGUGAAGUCACAUCUCGGUGUGAUGGACACGGAUGAAGUGUGGAAAAUGAAACAACGUGAAGGAAUGGGCAGGAAACCGGUUCGCAAAUCAAACAAAGACGACUAUUCCAAAGCCAAGGGUAUUGCUUCUUUGACCGGAAGAUCGUAUCCAGUAAACCUGAUGUCGGUAGUGAGCCGAGGAGCUUCUGGUAACGAGGAAAAAGCUUAUGAAUCUAUGCAGUUUCAGCUGGACUUUAAAGCAAGUUUGAUGGGAGUCCAUAUAUAUGACGAAGAAGGUGAGUUUUUUAGUAGACAGUCGUCUAUGUCAUCUCUGAUAUCAGAGAAAAUCCGAUCAGGAAUGGCCUGCAUAUCUUGUGGAAGCGAAGGGCAGCAAGGACAUUUGAUUGAUCCACGUGGUAAUAAACGUGGAGUGACAAUUGUUGCCACAUCUAUCAUGUCUCAUGCUGGUGUAAGAGAGCAGAGUGGCAAACCUCUAGGUGAUAAUGGCAGUCGUCGGGACGUGAAAGGGACCGCAUCGCGUCCGGAGAAAUCGAAAGCUGCGAGUGGUACGAUAUAUCCCUCUCCACAAAUUGGAAGCGAUACCAACAGCAGCAUUCUCAAUCCGAAACAUUUAAAUACUGCUGAUGCAAGAGCAACUGGGAAAAGGCGCCCAGGUGACAGAACUCUUGGGCAGCUAUUAGGUAAAUCAAGCUUUGAUGGAGGGGUAGAGGCGGCGCAAAUAUGUUCCCGCUACCACCAACGAACUCAAAGCAGUGCUGAUAUUGCAGCUAAGAAUGACAAAUGUUCUCCGGGAAGCUGGGUUGAUUCUCGUGCUAGUUGCCCUGCAGCUCUGACGUUUUCGGAGAGGUUGUUUGGAUACGAAUUUUCAAGAAACCUUUCGAAGAGACUAAACCUGCCUACUGAACAGUGUGCCCCAUCUACUCAAGUGGGAGCCAAUGAAUGGCAGGAUAGUAGCCACCUGGGCCGUUGCUCCAUAUCGGUCCAUGGGAUGUCUGAUUAUGAUGAUACUGACGAGGAUGAUAUUAUCAUUGAAGAUGAUACUAUUUUUCAAAUAUCUAACAAACUGGCAUUACCUUGUUCCCGAGAACGACAGCAUGGUGAAAUUGCUACAUCUGAAGCAAAACCAAGACCAUCAGUUGAGCGUUGGUCCUCAAACAGGAAGUCAUAUAACUUGGAUUUGAAGCAGUUGCCAGUUAAGAUUUUGUCCAUUGACAUAAAUGGAAGCAGAUAUCACCGUUCUGCUGAUCCAGGAUGUUCGAGUUUUAGAGCCAAAGUUGAUGUGUCUGAACGUGACAUUCCCCAGUCUAGUCUGACUUGUGGCGGUGAUGUAGAGCCCAGGCGAGCAAAGAUAGCGGGGGACGACCCACUCACAUCAGACAGCAGGUGGUUGGAAUUCGAAUCGGAAAUGAACGACUUUGUGUUGAAUUCUGGACGCUUGAAGUCGGAUAAGACACAUGAACCAGAUCUUGAGAAGCCCGCUUUAGAACAAGUGAAGGAUGGACUCGAAAAACUUAAGAAAGAUCGGACGAAAAUGGACGAAGAAAACUUCCCCUUCAAUACUCCGGUUGCCUCUUCUUUUCUCUUUGGAAAUGGCGGAACGAAACCCCCUCAAGACGCACACAAGCAGUUCCAAGCCACCAGCCUCUCAACGAUGCCCAAUCCUCUAGUCCAAGAGACAGAGUUCGACACGGAGGACUUAGACCACAGCGAUGCGUAUCACGAUCCCGAUGAUUGCGAUGACGAUGGUGGCUUCAUUUCAGACACCGAUUCUUCACUCACCACCUUCUCAUUAGGAGCAGAAGCAGAUAGUUAUGGCGGUCUGCUGGACCAGCCACCCCAAUAUGCUUUAUCCCGAAGCUUUAACUGCGUUAGAGAUGUAGUCGAUCACAACUUUGGGUACCUGGAUAUAGAAUCGCUAUCUGGAAGGUUUAGCGUUGAUGUACGAAGAGACAAGAGGUUAGGCAAGGGAGAUCUAACUGCCAGACAAGGUAUUAGAUUAGGCAUGAUGAAAGCGCAGAAGCCAUCGUCCAGACGAUCCCUGUCACCUUGCUUGGUUUGUCUCUCUUGUUGGCACCAACGCCCUCAGGAUGCUUGACCUUGCUCUCUUUCUACCUUCAUCUGGGACCAGAUCCCGACGCCGUUUAUUCAUGCUCCUACAACCAUCUAUGCUCCCCUCGCGUUUCUCAUUGUUUUCGAUCGUCGUCGUCUUUCACGCUCGCACUAGUACACAUCCUCGAUCAUGUGGGUUCAGCACCUGACCUUAGAAACAAACGGGGGCAAAACGCCGCUCUCCCCACAGAUUUCCGGUGAGCUGUGGUGUUCCUCCUCUUGAAGUUUUAUGUGAAGCCUAGCACCAGUAGUAGCAUCGUUUUGGAAAGGUUGAAGCGCAGUGCCGAGUGCCCACCUAGUCAUGAUCUCCUAGCUCCGAAGCAUGAACCUCAGCGGGAGCAUGAGCUUGCGGAUCUUUUCCGACAGAUCAUCGUCUUCUCUGGUUUCCUUAUGCGCUGUCUAUUUGUGAAUGUAAACCUAUCUUAAUUGCUA